UUUUGCAUUUCCGGUAUCCACGCGCCACCUAUCGACAGGAAAUAAGCUGCACAGUUUUGAGGAAGAAUCAACAUCGUUCGAAGGAAUUUGUCGUUAAAAUAGCGAGUAACUAAACAACAAAUGAUUUAUUGUUUUUCCCCACGAAAAGCUGUUUUAAGGAAUCUCGCUUUUAAUAACGUAUGCAUUAGUCUACACUUACGCCGUACGUAACUUCCGGGUAUCACUCGCCACCAUUCUUUUUUCCGCUCUUAAGACGCAUGUUUUAGGAUUUUGCCCUUGUCUUUGGAUGUCUGAGGUAGCUAAUCAUCUUGAGUGCAAAUACACCUCAGGAAAUCGAGGUAAAGCGAUUUGUCUCAGCUCAUUUCUUUUUUACGCCGAAUUAAAGGGACUUGUUGCCGCGCAUGCGCAGAACGACAUCAGAUGUGCUCAGAGAGAGCUGUGCACGCAAAACAGUAACGUGAUAUCUCUCAGAAGGAACUUUACCGGCGCAUAUUUACCUCCUGUACAGGAAAUAACACGGUUUUUACAGACUCCAUGGAGGCGACGUGUGGAAGAGAUUCCCAAAUGGAAGUGAAGGACUUUGUGUUGUCAGUCGGAAAGGAUUGAAAAAGAGAGAUAAGAAACAACAUGGGCAUGUUUAGUCAUGGAUGAUGCAUGUAUUGCAGAAGCUGUGUCUCCUCAGUUCAGGACUGUAAGUGUGUCAUGUUUGCGUGAUCUAGAAUGAAGGACAUCUCUGUAAACCUGGUGGUUUGGUGGUGGUUUACCUAGACCUGUCAUUUUUAAUUUUUUUUAAAAAAAAAUUUUAACCACAAAAACUUUUUUUUUUCCGCCUCACCUUAUGAUUUUAGAACAACUGAUUUUUAUCAGGAACUUGGCAAGAACCCAAACACUCUGUGAAAUUCCACCUUCCUGAAAUCUCUUGAGAUUGUCUUAGACGUAAGUAGAAAUUACAAGAACGUUUUUUUUUCUUCUUCUUCUUCUUAAGGAGGAGCAAUAAAAAAAAAAAAGAAAAAAGAAAAAAAAAGCCCCACAUCUGUCUUUUAGAUCAUGGCCGUAUGCGUAGUGAAGUCUGCGCUUCUGCUGUGUCUUGUGAAUUUGGGAUUUUCCUUCUCUGGGAUAUUUGACCCUUCAGGUAAAUACGGGACAGUCAGCGAGCAUGACGAGCGAGCCGAUUUCCAUACGGGUGCCAACACUACUACGGAGCGAGGUUUUCACAUGCCAUCGAACGUCCACCCUAACCUAUAUUUCGACCUGACGGAAGUCCGCCGGCUGAAAAAGAAAGCUGCCGGGACACACGCACAUGUGUUUAAAGUUAUACGGAAUGCAGUGACGACCAUGCUCGACGUCCCGACACUCUACCUGCCGCCCAUGGACCAUGAGGAAUUUGCAAAGAAAUGGAACGAGAUUUACGGCAACAACCUUCCAGCACUCGCGCUGUACUGUCUGCUCCAGCCUGAAGACAGCGCCGCGUUCCAGUUUUUAAUGAAAUACAUGGAUCGUAUGGCGGAAUAUCCCGACUGGAUGGUGACCAGCGCCCCGAACGACGAGGUUCCGAUAUCCCAUUCCCUCACUGGCUUCGCUACAGCUUACGACUUCAUUUAUACCUAUCUGGACACCCAGCGAAAAGUUCGGUACCUGAAGAAGAUCCGUGCCGUCACGGCGGAACUUUAUGAACUGUCAAAGCAUAGAGGUUGGGGUCGGCAGUUUCUGCAAAACCACCAGACUACGAACAUACUAGCCAUCCUUACGGGAGCUAUCGUAACCGGUGUACACAAAGACCGCGAGACCAUGAUGUGGAAGCAGGUCGCCGUGAACUACAUGGAAAAGACCAUGUUCCUCUUGAACCAUAUCGUAGACGGUUCGCUAGAUGAAGGCGUGGCGUACGGCAGCUACACGGCCAAAUCCAUCACUCAGUACGUUUUCUUAGCGUCGCGUCAUUUUGAAAUCGACAACAAGAACAACAACUGGCUGAGAGCUCACUUCAUGUUCUACUACGCCACCGUGCUGCCUGGUUUUCAAAGAACCGUGGGCAUCGCUGACUCCAAUUACAACUGGUUCUACGGGCCGGAGAGUCAGCUGGUGUUCCUGGACGCGUUUGUGCUCAGGAACGGCUCGGGAAACUGGCUGGCGCAGCAGAUCAGAAAGUGCCGGCCCAAAGACGGUCCCAUGACGCCGUCCGUGGCGCAGCGCUGGGCUACCUUACACACCGAGUUCAUCUGGUACGACGCCGAGCUCACGCCUCAGCCACCGCCCGAUUUUGGGAAAGCAGACAUGCAUGUUUUUUCAAACUGGGGGGUUGUGACGUACGGCGCAGGGUUGCCUUUGGGGCAGGACAACACUUUUGUAUCCUUUAAAUCCGGGAAGUUAGGCGGACGAGCGGUGUACGACAUCGUUCAUGCUAAGCCUUACUCCUGGGUCGACGGCUGGACUAACUUCAACCCGGGUCACGAACACCCGGACCAGAACUCGUUCACUUUUGCUCCAAACGGACAAGUCUUUGUCUCUGAAGCUUUGUAUGGACCAAAAUACAGCUAUCUUAACAACGUCCUCGUAUUUGCACCUUCCCCUACUAGCCAGUGCAAUGCACCAUGGGAGGGGCAGCUAGGGGAAUGUUCCAAAUGGUUAAAAUGGGGAGAAAAGGAAGUAGGAGAUAGCGCUGGUGAGGUCAUCGCGGCGUCUUCACACCAGGACACUAUGUUCAUUAGCGGUGAAGCCGCGUCAGCGUAUUCGUCCGCGAUGAAACUCGAGAGCGUUUAUCGAGCCCUGGUUCUGCUCAACUCCCAAACCUUAUUAGUGUUAGAUCACGUCGAAAAGCACGAGAAGUCUCCCGUAACCUCGUUUAGUGCCUUUUUCCACAAUCUCGACAUCGACCUGAGAUACGUGCCCCACAGGUCUUUGAAUAAGUACAGCGGCGCUCUGAUGGAUGUAUGGGACGCCCAUUACGAGAUGUUUUGGUUCGACAAUCAGGGAGUCAGUCCUGUAGGCAGGAUACAAGAAGUAGAACAGGUCGCAGAGUUCAAAAAGAGGUGGACGCAGUUCAUAAACGUUACUUUUUCCAUAGACGGCGUAAUCAGCAGGGUGGCUUACCUAAUGCAUGGCCCUUUUGUCAAAGUGUCAGACUGCAGGUUCGUUGACAACAGCAAAAACGGCGUUAAACUGGCGGUUACGCUGAAUGACACAGAGACUACCGUGUCCAUAGCAACAAACUACAAAGAUAUCGGCGCCAGACACAGUUACUUAGGCUUUGCAGGGUUUGCAAAAGCAGAGAAUAAACACAAAAUCGUUCAUUUCGGUCAGGGAGUUCAGGUUUUACCCAGCCAAGUGAAAAAAGACUCGACGUUUAACUUCGGUUUCAUGACCAACGUCGUUGCAGUGUGGAUCCUCUGUUUCGCCAUCGCGGUUUUGACCGUAAAGAGAAAGUUUAACGUUUCCUCCCGUAAACUUAUCCGCUGCACGGUUGUUUCGGUGCUGCUUUUCUGGGUGUUGGGCCUCUUGGUGUCGUCUCAUCGUUGUCAGGAGGUGCUGUGCAGCAUCAUGUGGAGGGAUCUCCGUGUCUCUGAGGAAGCAGUCACUCGAUCCACCUUCCCUCUCGAUCGCACCCCAGACCCCCUUCCGUUCAUAAUCGUCACCUCUCUUCCCGGCUCCGGAGCCGAGAUCCUUCAACCCCUUUUCGACAACAGUUCGGACUUUGUGUACCUCAGCAUUCCCUCCACGUACCUCCGUAUUCCCGAGACCAACUUUGCUCCUGACUCGUUCGCGGACGCUUGCGAGUGGUCCAGGGCGGACGCCCGGAACGGAAAGUUUCGAGCCGUUCAAGGAUGGUUGCAUUCGAUGGUGCAUAGCAUCAGACUGCACCUGCAGAACAUUCAGCUCUACAAGAGCAGUAUCGAGGCGGGGAAUAAGGGCGGCGCUCGGGGAACGAGGAAGAGGCGGAAGCUCCUGAUGGCGACGGGCGAGAUCGGAGACGGGAGGUCUACGUCGAGAGAGGUGGCGUACAUCAAGGAGUUGAGGCAGCACUUGUCGAACUUCCCGAACGCCUGCCCUGUGCUGAACCUUCGGAGCGGGAGCUGGUCCUUAAAACUCCCGUUCGUUCAAGAAGUCAUCGGACGCUCGUUGCGUUCGGUUCAAGUAGUGCGCGACCCACGGGCGUGGAUCUAUCUGAUGCUCUACAACAGCAAGCCAAGCCUUUACGCUAGCAAAAACAUUAGAAAACACUUGCUGCACAUCCUGGACCAGGCUAGCGAUAAGACAGGACAGACCUGCACGCAGUUUGACUCAGCGUUUCAGCCUUUACGAGAGAUCCUUGCUCAGCCAGAUGCUAACCCAGUGCUCUUGCUAGCUCACCUCUGGCUUGCUCAUACUUCAGCCAGCCUCCGAGCGAGUGCGGACUUGCCUUCACGCACCUUCCUUCAGGUGAAAUUUGAGGAUAUUGUGAACUUUCCUGACGAUAUUGCAGAAAAGAUCCAUAGGUUUAUCGGCGUGCCUGUCUCUCCGGCCGCCGUAAACCAGCUCGCGUUCGCUACAUCCACAAAUCUGUAUCAUCUAGUCUACGAAGGGGAUAUAUCACCUGACAAAAUUAACCUGUGGAGAGAAAACAUGUCUCCUGAUCAGAUUAGACUUAUAGAACACGUGUGUGGGACUGUCAUGGACACACUCGGCUACAAAAGAUACGUGUUUGUAUGAAAUAAAUGGAAUUGCUAUUUGUAUAAAUGCAAAAAUGUUUUUUAUAAAAUGUAUGUUUAAAGAAAGAAAGAAAAGUGUUUACUCUCACUCUUUUGUGGAAUUAAGACUGAGAAAUGAUAUCUUUUCCAUUCCCUAAUAUGAAUAAGUGUAGCAAUGGAAACAUUGACCCUGGAAUAUUGGCGCCGCCAAACUUAUUACUUAUAAACUUUAUUUACAGGUCAACUGAGGACAAAACGAGUCUUAUAACAGGAAACACUGUACACGAGAGCCAGAAGAAGAAAAGAAGAAAAAAAAACCCAAGUAGAGAUGCUGUAUCACCCCAUUUAUGAGAAAUAUCUUAUUGAGUUUUCUCAGGAUAGGAAUUCAUGCAAAAUUGUUUUAAGAUUAGAUUGCUUUUACGGGACAAAGUGUUAAAACGCAGAAGGAUAUUUCCGGAGAGAGAGAGAGAGAGAGAGAGAGAGAAUAGCUGAGUUUAUAACAUAUAAAAACAAUGAUGACACAAAUGCUUCCGAGUGCUAGUUUUAAAAAAUAUAUCUCUCUCACUCUCUGUACUUAGGUUUUUCUUUCACGUAAUACUUCAGUCUUUUACUCACUAUAUUUCAAAGCAACAGUCUCUGCUUCCUUCUCACCACAUAAAAGUUCGAUUUUUAACUUCGAAACACGGACGUUUAGUAUCAGACAGCCUCGAGGAGUCGAUCUAAAUUCCUGGUGACGGCGAGAAUCGGACCUCGCGCCCAUCGCUGUGGUAAAAUAUCACCGUCAUCAUGAACGUUUGCUUGUAUCGUGACGGCUUGUCAUUCGCAUUCAACUAGUCUGCACCACCAUGCUAGCUGACGUGAGAGACGGGUCAUGAAACUGAUGUUUAACUUUAAUGUGAAUA